UCGAGCCUGGAGCUGACGGUUCUGCCGAGAAGUUGGUGUAACAUAUCGGAGUACAGUGCCUCAAUACGUCUUCCAGAGUGAACAAGUGCAUAUCAGAAUUAACAAAGACACCUGAUCCUGCAAGCAGUGCACCAUGGCACAGCAGUGAGUGUAUAAGAGUGUGAGAGGAGCGUCCACGUGGAGGACUCACACAUCAGGAUGGCAGCCGAGGUGUCUAAGACGGGGAAGAUCGGAGCGGGCGUGGUGCUGUUCCUGGUGCUGGCGGUGGUGGCCGUGCUGGCCGUGGGCUCCGCCGUCGGCUGGUAUGACCAAGAUGUUGAACCACCUCCUCCUCCAGGCUUCAAGGAGAGGCUGGAUGGUGGAAACCUUAAACCAGACCACAUGGAACCCUUCUACGACCACGAAACCCCCUGGCGUGCCUACGAAGAUGAAGUAAUUGAUGGGCAACACAUUGAUAGCGAGACAUCUGGGCUGUUCGUUCCCCAAGAGGAGUGGGUGGACGAGGUGGGCGUGGGCGGCCGGUGCGGAUGCAACAUGUCGGCUCUGAUGCGACUGGUGAGGACUCAGGUCCAGCGUGGACCCCCAGGACCCCCAGGCAGGGACGGCAAGCCCAGUCCUCCCGGACUCUCCGGCACGCCAGGACCCCAGGGCGAACGAGGACUGCCCGGGAGGAGAGGAGAGCGGGGAGAUCGGGGAGAGGUAGGCGCUCCUGGCCCUGAGGGACUCCAAGGACCCAAGGGCGAACCCGGGGUCGACGGCCUGGCGGGACCUGUAGGUCCUCCAGGACUCCCUGGUCCACCAGGACCUCGAGGCUGGACCUGGGGCGCUGACGAUACAAAGACGCCUGGAUGGCAGCUCCACUCUGGCUACCAGCCUGCUGGAGAGACCGUCGUCUUGGAGGCGCAGGGGCCAGACCUCGAGGCCCAGGGCCCUCCUGGCACUCCUGGAGCCGCAGGGCCAAGGGGUCCUAGAGGAUACGCUGGACCUAAGGGCGACCGCGGUCAUCAAGGUCUUAAAGGUCAAAAAGGCGAAGAGGGACCCCAGGGACCUAGCGGACGUCUGGGGAACAAGGGGACCCGAGGGCCCCCAGGAGUCGACGGGCUGCCUGGAACCCCUGGCCACAAGGGGCAGAAAGGUGACCGCGGGCUACCGGGGCGGGGACGGCCAGGGCCCAAGGGCGCCCAGGGAGACAAGGGCAGCCAGUUCUACUCCCCGGAGGAGGUUCGAACCAUGGUCCUCACUUCACUUCAGGUCUUCGUCGACACCAACCCCUCACACAUGACCGACUUCAGAGAGAUCGCCAAGAAGAUCGAGGUGGUGCUGCCGAGGGGGGCUGACGGGAUCCCAGGAAGUCCCGGACCUGCAGGACCUAAGGGCGAGGAAGGUCGCCAGGGACCCACAGGACCCCCAGGGUACCCAGGCGGUCCAGGACCCGUGGGUGACGCCGGGGAGCAGGGACCUGUAGGACGUGACGGACAGCCGGGACAGAAGGGUGAGACAGGACCCCCAGGACCCAUCAUGCUUGCCAACGGCACUCUUAUUGAAAUUAAGGGCCAGAAGGGUGAUGCAGGUGUGGACGGGGAGCGAGGCUUGCGAGGUCCCCAGGGUCCCCCAGGACCACCAGGACCACCAGGACCACAGUCAGGACAAGGACCCUUCACAGCGGCCAGGGACACCACCCACGCCUACGAUGUAUCCGGAAUUAAGGGUGACAAGGGUGAGAGAGGACCCCCUGGCCCUCCCGGCCCUCCUGGAGCAGGCAGCAGUGCCAUGGGGCGAGGUGCCACCUACACCAACGGCGGCGUCUUCGGUAUCAUGGCCCAGCCUCGCCCUCGUCCUGGACAGAGCGACUACGGCCACGUCAGCAUCUUGGAGGACGACGAAGAAGGGAAGAUUGGGCCACCUGGACCCCCAGGGCCAGAGGGACCCCCAGGACCCCCAGGACCCCCAGGGCCACCAGGGCCACAGGCACAGGGCACCAGUGACCCCCAGUUCAUCCCGGUGCCUGGCCCACCGGGGCCCGCGGGACCCCCAGGAACACCAGGAUCACCGGGAUCACCAGGCACUACGGCUUUUGCCACCCCUAGGAAGUACGGCUUUGGUCCUGGCAACUCUCGCGAGAGUACCAGCAUGUUCGCAUCGCUGCCCACCACUCCCAACCUCGGCCUCGACCUGGGCUCCAGCUCUCCCCUCUCCUUCACCUCCAGGCCAGCCAUGCUCCAGGCCUGGUCCAGACACUCGAGGGGCACUCUGGCCUACGUCCUGGACGACGACUCACUCUUCCUGAGGGCCUCCCGUGGCUGGCGGCAGGUGACGCUUGGAGAGGUGCUGGCCCCAGAGCUGACGCCCGCCCCACCCCAGAGACCCUCAACCCCCAUCUCUGUCAACCCCAACGUCGAGACGCUGCCUGAAGAACUAGCCACUGAUCACAGCGCUGGCAGGACCUGGUGGGGAGAACCAUUGACUACAGACACAGAGAACGAACUAUGGAACUUAAAGGAGCUGAGAGUGGCGGCGCUGAACGAGCCGUGGGCGGGCAACACCAGGGGCGUGUCCUCCGCCGACUACGCCUGCUACAGGCAGGCCCGCACAGCUGGGCUCAGGGGCUCCUUCAGAGCGAUGCUAUCUGGUCCAAGACAUGAUGUCGCCUCGUUGGUCCGCUUUGCUGACCGGCAACAGCCAAUCAUCAACCUCCAAGGGGAGCAGGUCCUGGGCUCCUGGCGGGACGUUGUGUCCGGGGAAGGUGGACAGUUCCUGGAGCAGCCGAGGAUAGUCUCCUUCGACGGCAGAGACGUCUUGACCGACAGCUCCUGGCCGGUGAAGUACGUGUGGCACGGCUCCAACAGGUACGGGGAGUCUCUGCUCAGCCACAACUGCAACGCCUGGUCCAGCGCCUCCUCCAGCACCUUCGGAAUGGCCGCGGCUCUUCACUCUCUCAAGCUGCUCGACCAGCAGAAGGUCGCCUGUGAUAACCGCCUCAUUGUCCUGUGUAUCGAGAGUUCCAGCACCCUGCCUAAGCGUAGAAAACGCGACGCUCGCGAUACCACGUGGGAGCAUAGUGACAUUAAUCGACCAGAAGGGCAGGAUAUCGAUCCUGUAACUAGUGAUCUUGAACAUGAAAAUAAUGAUAUAUCCGGUAAAUUAGCAGCAGGUGCGUCUCCGGAUUGUGAACUCCCUACUACAACGUAUAAUAAAGAAAAUCAUAUAAGUCAUACGAGUGAAAGCAGAGACGAGGAAAGCACAACGCUACUAGUGAGUUCAGAAGGUCUUGACGCGCCUUCCAACCUCAUCAAAGAAUUGUAUGUAAUAUGAGAGACAUUUGCAAAAACAAAAUAUAUAUAUAUAAUAUUAAUAAUUGCGUGAUCUCUACUAUAUUACUUCGCUUCGUGGUCUGUUUACCUCUUCCGUCUGCAUCUACGUCGGUCGCCUUCAUAAAGAAAAUGUUUGGAGCAACACGGGUUUCCGCAGAGUACGAGUACCGAAGCUUUGCUAUACUUGAGGUUUCUGCAGAGUACGAGUACCGAGGCUUUGCUAUGCUUGAGGUUUCUGAAGAGUACGAGUACCGAAGCUUUACUAUAUUUGAGGUUUCUGCAGAGUACAAGUAUGAAGGCCUCAGUAUACUUGAGGUUUCUGCAUAGUAUGAGUACCGAGGCUUCACUAUUCUUAAGGUUUCUGCGGAACACAUGUACUUAGACUUCACUAUACUUAAGGUUUCUGCAGAGUACAAGUAACAAGGCUUCACUAUUGCUAAGGUUUCUGCAGAGUACGAGUGCCAAGCUUUGCUAUACUUAAGGUUUCUGCAGAGUACGAGUACCAAGCUUUGCUAUACUUAAGGUUUCUGCAGAGUACGAGUACCAAGGCUUCGCUAUCCUUGAGAUUUCUGUAGAGUCGAAUACCAAGGCUUCACAAUCCUUGGGAUUACUGCAGAGUACGAGUGCCAAGGUUUUGCUAUACUUAAGGUUUCUGCAAAGUACGAGACCCAAGGCUUCGCUAUACUUAAGGUUUCUGCAAAGUGCGAGUGCCGAAGUUUCCCCCAUACUUGGGUUUUCUAUAAUUAAAGCUAAAACCGUUCCACUGUUUAUGGGUAUAUAUUCGGCUUCUCUAGACCGUCUAUCCAUAUCCUCACCUAGCAGGCCUUGGUGGAGGUAUAGGGCCUUGCAUCAAGACCAUGUCUGUGCAUAGUGCUUCAUGUAACCGAGUCUUCCAGUAUGAGAUGCCUUUGAUAUGCUCUAUGAAACUGAUGUCUUCCAAUAUGUAAAUACAUGUUAAGAAUCUUAACAUAUUCCUAUGUACACAUACAAGCUCUUCCAUGUUAACCGAGUUUGUGUUAUAUUUUUCUGUGUCUGUUGAGGCUUUACAAGCGUGUACAUAGUAGUGUUCUAAGAUAUUUCGCGUGACCUUAUCCAAGGGGAUUGUUAUUAAUUAAACUGUAUAGGUCUUUGUUGUCUAGCAAUACUGUCCAGUUAUGAAUGACCCGAUAUAAAUAUGGUCCGCUACGUUUUUCGAUAUAUUCAUGAAUAGUAAGUGUAGCCUAGUGGAUUAGUAAGUGUUAGUAAUCUCAUUUGUGUUGCCAUUCAUAGUUUCGUCACUUACGAUAGUUCCUAAAUUUCAUCUACGAUAGAUCCUAAAUUGCCACUUACGAUAGUUCCUGAAGUAACUCAUACGAUAGUUCCUAAAUUCACACCUACAAUAGUUACUGAAUUCUACGAUCUUCACGGACUAAGUUACUCAUCUUCCAGAAUUAUGAGUUUCGCUUAAAAUAUUUGUUCAUCCACUGCUAUAACAAAUCUCUCAGUUAUUUACAAUCUCUCGUGAACUUUAAAAUUCAUAAGUUCUCGAGACCAUCAAAAAAUAACUUUACACUCGAAAUCAUCUAGAUUUUGGGCUUCACUUAGAUUUUUGAGAUAUUAACUCACACUUUAUACUUAUGGUCGACUAUAUAUAAUCUCAAACUACUUACAAGCUGCUCUGGGCUCAUCUUAUGUAGUGUUUAAGUGUCUCUUUCACUUUUGCAAGUUUAUGAUGAAUGCUGAAACAUUUAAAAUGCUGACAACUUAAUUAUUAAUGUGAUUGUUAUUUAUUGUAAGUCCUAUUAAUAAUAAAUAUUGUAUUAAA